UUGAACGCACCGCAACAGGAAAAUGAAUCCUGUUGCCUAGGGUUGUUUAAGUGUAGCUUUUUUAUAUUUAUUUAUUUUACUUUAUCCCACUGGUAUUUUUUUAAAUUGGAAUAAAAGGACGUUAAUGUGCGACUGACCAAAGGCAACCACCAUGUUCCGCGCCAGGCUGAGCAGCCGGUUAACUCUCGCUGCACUUAGGUGGACAACAGGAGGGGGGACCUGUCACCCACCAUGUCUGUCCACUUUGUCCAACUGCCUCAUCCAGAACCAAGCACUAAGGAGAAACGAAGGUGUCCAUUCAGAGUCUACAGUGUUGAGACGAGCUGUGUGCCUCCAGGGUCGGUUUAAUUCUAGGCAAAGGGAAACAGGCCAGGGUGGCAGUAGGUCGUUCAGCCUGUCUGCUGCUUCCGUGGUGAACUCAGCACCUGCUCACGUACAGCCUUACCUCAGACUGAUGAGGCUGGACAAACCAAUCGGAACAUGGCUGCUCUACCUUCCUUGUACAUGGAGCAUCGCCUUGGCAGCAGAGCCGGGAAGUCUCCCAGAUUUUGGGAUGCUCGCCCUGUUUGGUACUGGCGCCCUGCUGAUGAGGGGUGCAGGUUGCACCAUCAACGAUAUGUGGGAUAAAGACUUUGACAAACAAGUAGCCAGGACAGCAUCACGACCCAUCGCAUCAGGGGAAAUUUCCAGAAUGCAGGCACUUGUGUUCCUUGGAGGGCAGCUCUCCCUCGCACUUGGAGUCCUUCUGUGUCUUAACUAUUACAGCAUAGCUUUGGGGGCCGCUUCAUUAUCUCUUGUCAUCACCUACCCACUAAUGAAGAGGAUCACUUAUUGGCCACAGCUGAUGCUGGGCCUUACCUUUAACUGGGGCACUCUCCUCGGCUGGGCUGCCGUGCAGGGCUCUUGUGAUUGGUCCGUGUGCCUUCCCUUGUAUUUCUCUGGAGUGAUGUGGACGUUGAUAUAUGACACAAUCUACGCUCAUCAGGAUAAAGAGGAUGACGUUAAGGUUGGAGUAAAAUCCACAGCGCUGAUGUUCCAGGAGCAAACCAAACUUUGGCUGAGUGGUUUCACGGUGGCCAUGAUGUCGGGGCUUAUCGUAGCUGGAGUCAACGCUGAGCAGACCCUUCCUUACUAUGUUGCUUUAAGCGCUGUGGCCGUUCACCUUGGACGCCAGAUUUACACUGUGGACAUCAACAAAGCUGAAGAUUGCUGGAAACAGUUCAGCUCAAACAGAAACCUUGGACUUCUACUGUUUUUAGGAAUACUUGUCGGUAAUUUGCUGAAAGGAUCUAAAGAGUCAUGACUGUAAAAUAAUAGAAAUACUUAGAUAAAUGAGAUAGUAUGCACUUAUUUUACGAUCAAAAACCUAUUUUUAUAUUGUACUAUCAAGUAUGCUUAUUCAUAAAUCACUUGGACUUAUUGCUUUUUGUUUGACUCUAAAUGAAUAAAAUGUGGGUUUAACAAGGUUUUAUUUAUUUAUUCCAUCAUGCUCUAUGUACAGGAAGAAAAUAACUCAAAGAGAGUAAAGAUAUAAAGCAAGAUUCUCAGCUUCUUAACUGAUUUCCAUCUGUAGUUCUUGCGGCGUGUAA